GCGGAAGUCCCGAGACAAGUGGGAAGUUUAGAUCGUUUUCAGCGCAAUGAAGAUUUUUGCACGUUUUACUUGGAAAAGAUGUACGUAAACAUCUGAAGUUUGAUGUCGGCAGCAUUUGUUUACAUGUGAUUCUCUUGUAAAAUCGUGUUCUCGAUGCACUAUGUCGGACACCAUGAGCUCACAGCUGCCUCCCCCACAGACACCUGUUCCACAGCCGCCUCCCGUGCAGACGCCCCCCCUGUUGGAGUCUGAGGUGGACAUCCAGGAGCUGCAGUUCUGGUUUGACACAGUGAAGACCUGGGACCAGACUGACCGCACAAAGACUCAUGAAGACAUCUGUGUACACUUAAGGCCACUGAGGGCCUUCCUGCACAAGCUUCAGGCCUCCAUCAGCAGCACGGGUUCUACCACAGAGGUUCUGAGGAAGCUGCCUCUCUUGGGUCAGUUCUUAGGCAGACUUUGCUGGAUCUUUUAUGUUACUGCAGAUUCCACAAGUCGAUUGUUGCUGUUCCAGUGUCUGUGGGGAAUGUACUCUGAGGAACCAGGAAAUGUUGUGGAAGCUAAAGCUAACCAGUGGAUACGGAAAAUCUUAUGUCAGCUCACCACAGACGAAGACAUUACCGCAGAGGCUUUAAUGAAGCAUUUGGGAGUGCCAUCAGCUGAGUACCAUCUGAAAGUGCUGAGAACAAUGCUGGCGAGGGUGGGGGAACAUGCAGGAGUGAUCUGCACCUUUUCUUGUGAUAUAAAUCAAAGCUGCCCGUGUGAAAUUGUGCAGGCCACAGCUGAAGCAUGUGUUCCUCUUGUCACAUGUCCUGAAGCUGCCUCUCUGAUCGGAGCUCUACUGAAGCUAGCGGUCACAAGUGUCAAAGCCCCUUUAACUGACCACUGCAUUCAAGCCAUAAGUUCUGCUCACUCCAGCCAGCUCUUUCCAUUGGACGGUCCAGCCAUGGUCUCUCUAUGGUGGUACAGUGUGUCCAGUCUGGAGGAGACUGUACUGAGUCUGAUGGAGCAGGUUCUAACCAACAACAAAACUACUCCUCAUGAAGUACAGCAUCUGAUGUCUAACUCUUUACUGCCCAAAGCCUGUGCUCAACACUGCUCCAUGUUCUUGAUGGUGAAUGAAAUUUUUAGAUCUGCUCUUAAACAAAUGGAACAAAAUGAGUUUUUAAAAUGUUUCAUCAAAACAUUCACAAUGUGCUUCCUAAAAGAACUGGCAAUGAAAGAACCACGGAUGAGUCUCCCUUUGAAGGCCUACUUUCCAAAAGCUCCUGCGGAUGUGCUGCUGCCUCUGUUGACCCAGCCCUCAGAGAUGUCUGAAGAUGCUUGGAGGGAUCAUCUCAGCUGGGUUAGUGGCUCAUUACAGAGGCUGUCAGAGGAGGAGGAGCGGAACAGCGAUGGGACUAACAGAGCCCCCCCCCUAGUGUUUGAGGCCUGGUUCCUGCUGGUGUGCUGCUCCCAAUGGCUGGAUGUGGCUCUGCAGCUCCUUGUGUCCUCACAGGACACAGACUAUGAGCCUCUUCUGUGGCUGCUCACCUUCUACCACCACCCCACCAACAGGGGGCACCACAGAGAUCAACACCUGGUUGUUACCAGAGAAGCGUGGAGACAUAUGUGCGUCCUUUACACUGACAUGGGCGCUCCUCCUCCGGACACUCCUCCUCUGGAUGCUCCUCUUCUGGACACUCCUCCUCUGAACACUCCUCCUCUAGACACUCUUCCUGGGGGCGCUCCUCUUGUGGGUGUUCCUCCUUCAGGUGCUCCUGCAUCGAUCCUCCAGCUCCUCUACAGCUUUGCCAUUUUCUCUCCUCUGAGUGGAUCAACACAGGUUUUACAAACGGUGGUGGAACGCUCUGGUGUCACACGCGAAGCUCUGUGUGUUCUCAGCUCUCUGGAGAUGAGACUCAGGGGAGGAGGCUAUGCUCACACGCUCCUGCCCAUGAUCAAGGCUCUGAAACAGGCACUGGCACCUAAGACCUAGACACAUGUAACCUCUAUAAAUCCGGUGUACUUUUGCACCAGAUGCCCUCACGGCUAUUACCAUCUAUGCACUGUUAAUAUAUGUAUGAUAACUGGAGGAGGCGGUGAGGGGCGGACAUGUCAACCUAAAGACUCGAUAACACUGUUCUUCAGUGAGGUUUGAAAUGCAGACUCUGUGUUUGAUGGGUAAAUGCUUAACCCACUGUGGCACCUUUGUCCACUCCAUAGACUGUAUAUAUAAAUGGACAUGGCUAACCUGCAUUCCAAACAGAGAGCAUUUCCUGCUCCAUUGACUCUGGC